CAAACCGAGGUCGUCGUUCUCCGCGUUUUUGGAUGUAGUUUUACUUGUCUACUGCUGUACGGGCGCACUCUUUUGCACCUCUGAAGUCGACAAUUGUACUUCUUCUGAGCGUCUCCUUCACCUCAACCCAUCAUGUUCUCCGCGACACGCACCUCAGUCCUCCGAACUGUGCGGACGCAGCUGCGGCAAUCGCAACCCACCGCAGUCCCACACUACUCCGCCUUCGCACGAUGGGCGUCUACGCUCGCCGUCCUCGAACAGAAAGAUGGGAAGCUCAAUCCAGCAUCACUCUCCGCCAUCACAGCAGGGACCAAGCUUGGAGGCUCGAUAACAGCUUUCUUGGCCGGAAGUGGGGUCAAGUCGGUCGCAGACGAGGCAGCAAAGGCAAAGGGCAUUGAGAAGAUAAUAUACGUCGACAAUGCAGCAUACGACAAGGGUCUUCCCGAGAACUUCGCGCCACUCUUGGUCGAGAACAUCAAGAAGGGUGGAUACACACACAUUGUUGCAGGACACUCAGCCUUCGGGAAGAACAUAAUGCCACGCGUUGCAGCACUCCUAGACAGCCAACAGAUUUCAGACAUUACCGGCAUUGAGAGCGAGGACACAUUCGUCCGGCCCAUCUACGCCGGAAACGCCAUCGCGACCGUCCAAUCAUCCGACAGCACAAAGAUCAUCACCGUCCGAGGAACCGCUUUCCCAGUACCAGAGACUGAGGGUGGAUCUGCGACGGUUGAAGAAGGCAUCGACCCCAAAGCCGAGGCUCUAUCAGAAUGGGUUUCCGAAGACCUCGCCAAAUCUGACCGCCCCGAUCUCGGCUCUGCAGAUAAGGUCGUGUCUGGCGGACGUGGCCUGAAGUCAAAGGAGGAGUUCGACAGGGUCAUCACUCCUCUGGCAGAUGCCCUCGGUGCAGCUAUUGGUGCUUCACGGGCAGCAGUCGACAGUGGCUUUGCGGACAACAGUUUGCAGGUUGGUCAGACUGGAAAGAAUGUUGCGCCGCAACUCUACCUGUGUGCUGGUAUCUCUGGUGCCAUCCAGCAUUUGGCGGGUAUGAAGGACAGCAAGGUCAUUGCGGCCAUCAACAAGGACCCCGAUGCGCCUAUCUUCCAGGUUGCCGAUGUCGGUCUAGUUGGUGAUCUGUUUGACAAGGUCCCUGAGCUUACUGAGAAGCUAAAGUCGCAAUGAACCAAGUGCCGCCUUUAAUGCUUAUAUUGUAAAUACUUUAGAAUGAAACCAAGUCAAACGUAGGCACAAGAGCCGUAUGCAAGUAUAAUUCCAGCUCAGCCUGAAUAUCUG